ACAGGAAGUAGAUGUAAACCGUGAAGUCGCCGACCGAGUUCCCGGUUUGUACUCCCAGCAGCUAGCAUUAUUGUUAGCCUUGUCCACGCUCAGGCUGUGUGAUCUAUUAAUUUGUGAUAAAUUAACCCGGGUUAAAGAUGAACACGGUUUUAUCCCGAGCGAACUCUCUGUUCGCUUUCUCCCUCAGCGUCAUGGCGGCGUUAACGUUUGGCUGCUUCGUCACCACCGCCUUCAAAGACCGCAGAGUGCCGGUGGACAUCCACGUCUCCAGAGUCAUGCUGAAGAACGUGGACGACUUCACAGGUCCCAGAGAGCGCAGUGACCUGGGCUUCAUCACCUUUGACCUCUCAGCCGAUCUGCAGCCCAUCUUUGACUGGAACGUCAAACAGCUGUUUCUCUACAUGUCAGCAGAGUACGCCACCAAGAGCAACGCUCUGAACCAGGUGGUUCUUUGGGAUAAAAUUGUCCUUCGAGGUGAAAACACCAAACUGAACCUCAGAGACAUGAAGUCCAAAUACUUCUUCUUCGAUGACGGCAAUGGACUCAGGGCCAACAAGAACAUCACUCUGUCUCUGUCCUGGAACGUCGUCCCAAACGCAGGAAUCCUUCCCUUAGUGGCUGGCAGCGGUCACAUCAGCCUCCCCUUCCCAGAAUCAUACGAGGCCACCAGGAGCUACUGAUCCACCUAGACACGCACGCACGCACGCACACACACACUGUUUGUUUCCUGUUUAACAAAAUCUUUGUAAUAAAAGGUGAAACUGUG